AUGGCGUUACGACUCAAUAACCGCAUCGCCAUCAUCACCGGGGGAGCAUCUGGCAUUGGUGAAGCCACGGCCUUGAAGUUCGCGGAUGCCGGCGCUCGAGUAAUCGUGGCAGACAUCCAGCAAGGCACCGUGGUCGAGCGAAUCAUCGCCUCACACGGCAAAGACAGGGCCUUAUUCGUUCACUGCGACGUUACACAAGAGUCACAGAUACAGUCAUUGGUCCAGCAGGCGGUCGACUUUGGCGGUCGAGUGGAUGUACUGGUCAAUUCAGCGGGAUCGUCCUUCGAGAGAGGGUACAAUCCCUUGCCCAGGGUGCAUGAGAUGGAGACGGUCGACUUCGAUCGCACGUGGACGCUGAAUGCAAGAGGAGCCGAUGGAGCCCAACGCGAGGGAAGAGCGGACCAGAGGUUGGAUCAUAAAUGUGUCAUCCGCAGUGGGUAUGUCUUGAGAGUCUCUCCAUAUGCGGGCUUAGCACGAUCUAACGUGUGCAUAGGAUUAGUUGCUGCGGCGAGAAUGCCUGCAUACGUGCCGAGCAAGUUUGCGAUUGUAGGCAUGACGAAGCAGAUGGCUAUGGAUUACGCCAAAGAAAGGAUCCACGUCAAUUGUGUCUGCCCUGGGACCACCAAAACGCCGUUGGUCCAAAGGGGAUUGGAUGAUCCAGUGAUAAGGGCCCAUUUUGAGGGUCUGCAUCCAUGGGGCACUAUCGGCGAAGCACAAGAUGUGGCAGAUGCGGUUCUGUUCCUCUGUGGUGAUGAGGCUGCAUGGGUGACUGGCCAGGCUCUUGCUGUUGAUGGCGGCUUCACACUGGGAUGGCAAGAACAGCUGCUGUACUUUACCGGCAAUACGUCUGGUCUUUCCCACGUAGGAUUUUCAUUUCCGUAA